AGGCAUUUGGAGAGACACCAUAAGUCCAAGAGAUGAAGAGAAUUCUUUGUUGUUUAAAGAAAGAGACGGCAAACCACGAAGCCACGGAACACAUUCGGAAAGCAGAGGCCCCGCUUCUCAGUCUAGAAACGUUCACGGAUGCCAUGAAUGAAGCGGUUCGCAGGGAGUUGGAUGCUGCAUCUCGCAUCUGUGGAGAGUCGGGCAUCUCGAAUCACGAACGAAUCAUGAUUUUGCAGGCCAUGCAUCUCGGCCAGGGACUCUGGUACAAGUGUCCCAAUGGUCACAUCUAUGCGAACGGGGAGCGUAUUGAAGCCAUGCAGGAAUCCAAAUGCAACGAAUGCGGGGACAAAAGAUCGGCACCAGCUGCCCACGCCUGGGUAACGGAUGAUUCGCGGCACGAAUGAAGAACCUCCAGAAUGUCCAUCGACCUUGGAAUUUCUCUUCUGGUCUUGGUGCGAG